GCGCGACGGUCGGUGUUCUUUCUUCUUCAUGACCACACUCCCAUCCCGCUCCUCGAAUGCGUGCGUGUAUAUAAAACGAGGGGGGGUCGAUCCAUCCCUUUCUUCUCCUAUGCCUCGCGCCGUCGCAGCAGCGUACCUCUCUCCAGCCGCAGACACCCGCCCCUUCUUCUCCAACGGCAACGCCGCCGCCGCCGCCUCCGCCAUGGAGCUCCAUGUCGUCCCCCGCUCCGCCGCCCCCUCCCCCUCGCCGACCCUCGCUCAGCUCCUCAAGCGCGUCGGCGACGUCCGCAAGCAGGCCACCGGCGACGGCGGCGAGACCCCCGUCCACGACCACGCCCUGGACGUCGACCUCGGCGGCGCCGGCCUCGAGCCGCGCUCCCUCCCCUUCGUCCUCCAGUUCAACAACCUCACCUACAGCGUGAAGGUCCGCCGCAAGGUCGCCCUCUCCUCGCUCCUCCCCCGGCAACGCAGCCGGCUCGGCUCCGUCGCCGUCGAGGAGCCCGUCGCCGGGGAGAGCCUCUUCUCCCGGACCAAGGUCCUGCUCAACGACAUCUCCGGGGAGGCCCGUGACGGCGAGAUCCUCGCCGUCCUCGGGGCCAGCGGGUCCGGGAAGUCGACGCUCGUCGACGCGCUCGCGAACCGGAUCGCGAAGGGGAGCCUGAAGGGGAGCGUCACGCUGAACGGGGAGCCGCUCGAGUCGAGGCUGUUGAAGGUGAUAUCGGCGUACGUGAUGCAGGAUGACCUCCUCUUCCCGAUGCUCACGGUGGAGGAGACGCUCAUGUUCGCAGCCGAGUUCCGCCUCCCCCGGACGCUGUCCAAGUCGAAGAAGCGGAUGCGGGUGCAGGCCCUGAUCGACCAGCUGGGCCUUCGGAACGCGGCGAAGACAGUGAUCGGCGACGAGGGCCACCGCGGCGUCUCUGGCGGGGAGCGGCGGCGCGUCUCCAUCGGGAUUGACAUCAUCCACGACCCGAUCAUCCUCUUCCUCGACGAGCCCACCUCGGGGCUCGACUCGACGAGCGCCUACAUGGUGGUGAAGGUGCUGCAGCGGAUCGCGCAGAGCGGGAGCAUCGUGGUCAUGACGGUGCACCAGCCGAGCUACCGCAUCCUUGGCCUCCUCGACCGCCUGCUCUUCCUCUCCCGCGGCCAGACCGUGUACAGCGGCUCCCCCGCGAGCCUGCCACUCUUCUUUUCGGAGUUCGGUCACCCAAUCCCUGAAAACGAGAAUCGGACUGAGUUCGCCCUCGAUCUGAUCCGGGAGCUCGAGGGAUCCCCCGGCGGCACCAAGAGCCUUGUCGAGUUCAACAAGUCGUGGCAGAGCAUGAAGCACGGUAGCCGGAACUCGGAGCCCGACCGGAACGGGCUGUCCCUGAAGGAGGCGAUCAGCGCGAGCAUCUCGCGGGGGAAGCUGGUCUCCGGCGCAACGAACGACGCGAGCCAGACCUCCAUGGUACCCACCUUCGCCAACCCCUUCUGGAUCGAGAUAGCGGUCCUGUCCAAGCGGUCCGUGACCAACUCGCGGCGGAUGCCGGAGCUUUUCGGUAUCCGGCUCGGCGCAGUCCUCGUCACGGGGUUCAUCCUCGCCACCAUGUUUUGGCGGCUGGACAACUCCCCCAAGGGUGUCCAGGAGCGGCUCGGCUUCUUCGCCUUCGCCAUGUCCACGACCUUCUACACCUGCGCCGACGCGCUCCCCGUGUUCCUCCAGGAGAGGUACAUCUUCAUGAGGGAGACAGCCUACAACGCGUACCGGCGUUCAUCCUACGUGCUGUCCCGCUCGCUCACCGCGCUGCCUGCGCUGGUGUUCCUCUCGCUCGCCUUCUCGGCCACGACCUUCUUCGCGGUGGGGCUCGACGGGGGACUCUCGGGCUUCUUCUUCUUCUUCUUCAUCAUCUUCGCCUCCUUCUGGGCGGGCAGCUCCUUCGUGACCUUCCUAUCGGGGGUCGUCCCGCACGUGAUGCUCGGGUACACCAUCGUGGUGGCGAUCCUCGCCUACUUCCUCCUCUUCAGCGGCUUCUUCAUCAACCGCGACCGCAUCCCGCCCUACUGGAUCUGGUUCCACUACCUGUCCCUAGUGAAGUACCCUUACGAGGGGGUCUUGCAGAACGAGUUCCAGGACCCGGCCAAGUGCUUCGUGAAGGGGGUCCAGAUCUUCGACAGCACCCCGCUCGGGGCGGUGCCGGAGUCGGUGAAGCUGACGCUGCUGCAGACGAUCAGCAACACGCUGGGGACGAAGAUCACGGCCUCGACGUGCCUGACGACGGGGACCGACAUCCUGCAGCAGCAGGGGGUGACGGACCUGAGCAAGUGGAGCUGCCUGUGGGUGACGGUGGCGUGGGGCUUCCUGUUCCGCAUCUUGUUCUACUUGUCCCUGUUGCUGGGAAGCAAGAACAAGAGGAGGUAAGGAUUUGCAUGGACAUUCUCUUCUCCGAUUGCCUAGAUUCAAAUUUGGCGGGAAGCGCCCUGGUUUUUCUAAUUUUUUGUUCUUAUUCUUUUUUCGCCUUGGGGUUUUCUUUCUUUCUUUUUCUUUUUUGUUGUUGUUGUUAUGAAAUGAAGUUGGGCUCGAAUUCGAAGA